AGACAAUAAAACAGGAGAGGCUAUAGGAUUCCUGCAUGAUGUUAUCAAAGGAGUGUGUGGCAUCUGUGGCAGGAAAUGUGACACGGUGUUCGUUGCAGAACACCUUGGCCGCUGCUUUGACCCAGAGAAAACAAUGGGUGAAGGUCUAGAUAAUCGGCACUGUGAUGCUUGUAUUGGCUGGGCAAGUACUAGUCUUAGGAGAAACACAUAUUCAUUCACUGGGGCAAUUGUGGAACCUACAAGGGCUCAAGUGUAUGUGAAGAGAGGCUCUGGGAUAACUACAGUGGCGCAGCUACAAGGAAAAACAAUAGGCUUCCGAAAAUUUUGGUUUAUGGACAAAUUUUGUUACUCAGCAAGUGGAAUUUAUGGAAGUAAUUUUAUGGCUAAAGAAAUUGCUAUAACCAGAGGAUGGGUUGAUGUAAUGGACCAGCUGAGAGUUGGGAAUAUUGAUGCUGCCUUUUUACCAGAAGGGGAAAAAGGAACAGAAGAGUUUGAAGCUAUUGGGGACUCUAUUGAUUGCUCAUUUGGCCGCAAAGUGGGCCUGAUGCAAAGAAAGGAUGUCGCUACAGAAUGGUUUGGAGACUGUCUCCUCAAGUUUAAACAACAUGAAUUUCAGGGAAAGAAUGUAUGGCAAAUGCUAUGUGACCAUUGGGGUAAAUCAUUAACUCAGACUAAAACUUUUAAAUCAAUGUCAGUCCAUAAGAACAGCCUCAUUCAAAUUAAGCUCUGA